AUGCACACGAGGCGCAGCUCUAGAUUAUCCCUAGACCGAGCAAACAACGGUAGGGAAUCAGCAGAGGGAGGUCCGUUCUCCCAGCAGUUUGCCCCAGACCAGCAGCAGUGCAUGCAGUUGGGCCAAUUGACAGGCAGUGAGGGAUCUCUAGUGCCUCAGUUAGGGGACCCUGUGGAGAACACAGAUAUGGACGUAGACGUGGACGUAAACGUAGACGUGGACGUAGCAGAAGUGCCUGAACCGUCUGCUGCUUCCGCACCAGCGCCUGCCACAGGAUCAUCCUCAGCAGCGGCUGUAGCGGAUGAGGCGGAUGUAGCAGCGGGGGGUAGCAGCAGCAGCGGGGGUGGGAGUGUGCCUAGGAGACGGAUGAGCUUGAGAAGGCGAGGGUUCGCCACUGAUGGGGAGGAAGAGGAGGACAGGGACGGGGGUUUUGGGCAUGCGGGAGCAGGGGCGGGGGCGGGGAGGGGAGUGGGCGGAGGCAGGGCGCGGAAGGGAAGGGGGGUUGCGCUGCGGGUAGGGCUGCAUGUCUUGCCCGGAAGGGGGAAAGGGCGGGGGGCAGGGGCGGGAGGGGCGGCAGCAGGGGCAGCAGCGGAUCAGAUUGGCUCACCUGGAAAAUCUCCUGGUAGAAGCAAGGGAAGCCCCAGGGGAACAGGGGGAGGAGGCGCAGGUGGGGGCGGAGCAGGAGAGGGAGGGGCAGGGGGGUGUUCAGGUGGUCAGGACGAGCCACAUACCAUAGUGAAAGAAUUUUUUGGCGGGAUACUGCAGAGCCAGAUUCGGUGCUUGCAGUGUGACGGGGAGUCUAAUAAGAGGGAUGCGAUUCUGGACUUGAGUUUGGACGUGCACAGGCUAGGGUCGCUAAAAGACGCACUUAAUAGGUUCACCAAGCCGGAGGUGCUGGAUGGGGAGAAUAGAUACCGGUGUGAUAAAUGCAACCGGCUGUCUGCUGCGCGGAAGGCGCUGACGAUCUUUCAUGCGCCCAACAUUCUUGUCAUUCAGUUCAAGAGGUUUGAGAACGUGUUUGGAGGGAAGAUUGACCGGCACAUUCGAUUCGAGGAGCGCGUCUCGUUGAAAGGCCACAUGAGCGGCUGUAGCAAGGAUACCCAGCCAGAGUACACGCUCUUUGGAGUGGUGGUGCAUGCAGGGUCGUCUCAAGACUCGGGCCAUUACUAUGCAUAUGUCAAGGACUCCACGGGCAAGUGGUCCUGCUGUGACGACUGCUCCGUCUCCCCAGUGGCCUCCCUAUCAGGCAACACGGCUUGCACCCUCUUAUUCUAUAACUCCCCGCUUGCUACAUCCGUUCCCUUCCCCCCAGGACUCCACGGGCAGGUGGUCCUGCUGACUCCACGGGCAGGUGGUCCUGCUGUGACGACUGCUCCGACUCCACGGGCAGGUGGUCCUGCUGUGACGACUGCUCCGUCUCCCCAGUGGCCUCCCUAUCAGGCAACACGGCUUGCACCCUCUUAUUCUAUAACUCCCCGCUUGCUACAUCCGUUCCCUUCCCCCCAGGACUCCACGGGCAAGUGGUCCUGCUGUGACGACUGCUCCGUCUCCCCAGUCGCCCUCCCAGACGUCCUAGCAGACAAGGCCUACAUGCUUUUCUACCUCCGCGUCUCCCCUCGCCCCCCCGGAUCCACCUCCCUCUCCUCCCUCUCCUCGCCCACCUCCCCUCGCCCCUCCCACCGCGCGCCCGCUCCCCUGUCUCUUGAUCAUACCAACAAGUCUCCUCUCUCUCCCUCUCGGUCUGGGAAGCUCGCUGCUCGCCGCCUGAAUGCAGCAGCGCUCCUAGACGCCAAGGAGCCAAGGGCAGGUGCAGGAGCUAUGUUGGACAGGGCGCUAACCUCAGAUGCAGCAGCUUUCCUAGACGCCAAGGAGCCAAGGGCAGGUGCAGGAGUUAUGUUGGACAGGGCGCUAAGCUCCGGUGUAACUGCUGCCCUGGAUGGUGCGACGGGUGCCAACCCUGCAGCACAGGCAGUUGUGUUGGCAGAAACUUCUGCUACAUUAGCAGCAGCACAGGCAGAGUUAUCACCGGGAAAAGCUGCUACGUUAGCAGCUUUUGCAGGGGUUUCCACUUGCCCAGGUGUGGCAGCACAGACUGAAACAGCUGCUUUAUCGAGCACAGCGGGACUUGAACCCGCGACCUUUCAAGUCACAGCGAGUGGGAGCCAAGCUGCAGAGCCUGUUUCGAGGGAGGACACGUCAGGGGCGUCUGUGCCCCACGAAAUGGUUGAGAGGGACGAGGGGCAGAGAUUUGGAUUGUCUCAGAAUGCGUCUGUCUCCCACAAGGCUGGCACUGAGAGGUCUCACUGGAAGGAGGGGGUAGAGAGGGAUGAGGGCCUGACAGAUGGGGAUACAGGGAGGGAUAGCGGAAUGGAAUGCGAAGAGGGGAAGGAUGUGGGCUGCCUCGCGGGCUGGUUGGAGUGCAGGGAAGAAGACCUGGUGGAGGAGAGGGAGGCCCUAGUAGGUGAUGUGGCUGCAGGAGUGACAGCAGAGGGGGAAGCAGGAGCGAGGGAAACAGCAGAGGUGGGGUCGACAAUGGAGAAAACAACAAAAGGGGGAGCAGCAGCGGAGGAAAAAGCAGAAGGGGAAAUAUCAGAGGGAGAAGCAGGAGAGGGAGCGAUGGAAGGCAAUGUUGGUGAAGUCAAAACCCACGAGGAGGAGGGCUUUAGUGCAAGGCAUUGGGAAAAAGAGGAGUUGAAAGAAGAGUCGAACGGCGAGGGUGUGUCUGGAAGGGAAGGGUUAAGGGACGAGACGUUAAGGGAGGAAGUAGCAUUGGGCGAGGAGGUUUUGGAGACAGCGUUGGGAGAGGAAGAUUUUAUUGAGGAGAUUGCUCAACAGAAGCUGGUUGUGGUGCACCCAAGUGCUCCGAGUGCUUCUGCUGCUGUUGCUGCUGAUUUUUCUCCUCCUCCCGCUACCCUUCCUCCUGCUGCUGCUGCUGCCACUGCUGCCGCUGCUGCCGCCUUUGUGGAUUUUGUGCUACCUUCUCAUCGUUCUCCACAUCCUCCUCCUCUUCCUAACCCUCAAUUACCUCCUUCUGUUCCUCCUUCCAUUCCUUGUCUGUCACCUUCUGCUCCAAAUUCAAAUUCUCACCUGUCAUCCCUUCGUCCUUCUCCACAUCAGCCUCUUCCUACUCUUCGUGUCUCUCCUCCUCUCGCGUCUGCUCCACUUUCUCCUGCGCUACCAUCCGCAACAACUCUAUCGCCUGCACUACCUGCUCCGUUUGCCUCUAGCAACGCUAUUCCUAGCUCUGUUGUCAGUUCUGUAGCAUAUUCCGAGGCUGUUUUUCCUGGACCCAGGGAGGAAAGUGCGGUUGGAAUAGUGGAGCCUGCUACUAACGAGGAUGAAAUUCCUGGCAAAGGUAUCAUUAGCCACAAGGGCAUUACAGGCAGAGCAGAGCCAUUAGCAAUGGCAGGUGGGGCAGCAGUCAGUAGUUCUGCGGUGGCUGCUCAAGCAAGGGGGAACCUAGCUACUGCUGCAGAUCAGGCAGUGACAGUAGCACGCACACCAUGCCCAGUCAAGGCAGAAUCAGACCUCCUGAAUCUUCCUGCGUCCGAUGUGUUGCAGUCAGACAGGUUUUGGGGUGAUCUGGUUUAUGGGCGAGUGGCAGGAGGAGUUGCUCCUGUGGGCGUAGCUGCAGUGACUCCUGAGACGUCUCCAAACUCUCUUUCUGGAGCUGGGGCGUAUGGGCGAGUGGCAGGAGGAGUAGGUCCUGUGGGCGUAGCGGCAGCGACUCUUGAAACGUCUCCAAACUCUUUUGAGGGUAGGGCGGUUUCUGGAUCUGGGCCGUAUGGGCGAGUUGCGGGAGGAGUUGCUCCUGUGGGCGUAGCGGCAGUGAUGGCGGCUACAGCUGUGUCGACCCAGUCUGAACAGGGGCAGCAGCUGCAGCUGAUUCGCAAUCACCAGCAGCCUGUUUUUGAGGCGCCUCACAGAUCGACCCAUUUCGAGCAAGGGCAGCAGCAGUUGAUGCUCGAUCAGCAGCAGCAGCAGCAGCAGCCGCAACAGUUGCCGCCCACAUGCACGCGCUUGGUGCUCCCUCCAAUGGCAUGGCGCCCUUCACACUCCCCCCACCAAAAGACCCAUUCACAUCCCCCCCAGCACCUUUCACAACUGCCGCAGCAACAACCUCUGUCACACCCCCCCCAGCACCUUUCACAGCUGCCUCAAUCCCAGCAACAACCACCCCUCCCACACUCCCCCAAACAAAAGCUAAUCUCGCACCUCUCCCAACAGAAAGCUCUUUUGCAUUCCCCUCACAGUUUAGUGCCUUUUGAACCGAUUCCGACCGUUUUGUCACACCCCACACCGCAGCAAGCGCCUUUCCAGUCAAACACUGCUGCAUCUGCCGUUUCGCACCCCACAGAGCAGCAUCAACUGCCCUGUCAGUCAUCAUUCCCCACCGUGUUCCCACAGGCUGCCCAACAGAUGCCCCUCAAACCGAUUUCAACCGUUCUGACCCACCCCACACAGCAGCAGGAGCAAUUGCCCUGUCAGUCAUCAUUCCCCACCGUGUUUCAACAGGCUGCGCAUCCGAUGCCGUUUGAAUCAAUCCCAAACGUUCUGCUGCUGAGCGGGCAGCAACCGCAACACCCUUUUAACUCAGGCAGUGCUGCAACUGCCGCUUCACACCCAACGCAGCAGCUACUGCCUGUACUGGCAGCCUCAACAGUAUUUUCACAGCCCCUGCCGCAGGUGCCUCUUGAGAAAGUCUCGGAUGCUGCAUCACUCCCCACGCAGCAGCAGCAGCAACAGCCGUGUGAGUCAUUUCGAGUGCCGUUUCAACAGCCCACGCGGAAGAUAAACCAGCUACAGCAGCUGCCUCGUGAACGGAUUGCUGUUGCACACCCCAUGCAACAGCAGCAGCAACAGCCGUGUGAGUCGUUCCCUGUGGUGUUGCAUCAUCCCUUGCACCAGGCAGAUCAGCCACAGAAGCUGCCUGCUGAACGGAUUUCGAACGCUGUAUCACUCCCCACACAGAAGCAGCAACAACAGUGUGAGUCGUUUCCUGUUGUGUUUCAACAGCCCCCGCACCAGAUGGAGCAAUCACCGAUUUCGAAUGUCGUGCCUCUCCCGGCGCUGCAGCAGCAGCAGCAGCAAUUGCCAUCCGCUGCUGCUGCUGCUGCUGCCGCCGCAUCAGGAGCAGCAGCAAGGGAAGCUGUAGCGGCUACAACUGCUGUGGCAGAAGCAGGGAGGCCUGUAGCUGAAGUGAAGGUAGAGAGAGUGAGCAAAAGAAGCAUCAAUACUUACAGUCGAAUCCAGUCUCGCCCCCCCGCUAUUGCUGACCUGGCAUCAUGCGAUCACACGUCACUCUCUGACGGCUCUGGGCCAGCUGCUGAGUCGGCAGCUGACGUGGCACCAGCUGGUGAUGCCACAUCAUCACGAUCAAGAGCACGCGCUGCUGUCCCGCUACCUCCACGCGCCAAGCUUCCCCGGGCGGCAAAGUCGAACCGUGUCGGGACCGUUGAGCUCAUCAGCGGUAGAGUGUCCACGUCAGCGGCUCACCUGCCAGGUCAGACCUCCGUUUCGGCAGCUCAGGCGUCGACCUCGCCACCUCAGAGGCGCCUGGGAUUGAAGCAGGUGAAUCUGAAGGAGAGAGUGAAGGCGGAAAAGGCAGCAGAGGCUAGGGUUCGGGAGGUAGGAGUGAGAUACGCUGCUGUUGCAGAUGUGGGCUUUAGAAGUGGUGGUGCUGGGGACGCUGGGGGCGUUGGGGGCGUUGGGGGCGUUGGGGGAGGGGUUGUUGGUGUUGACGGUGUUGUGGGAGUGGGCGUCGGGGGAAGAGAUGUUGGGGGUGCUGGUGGUAGUGGUGGUGGUGUUUCUGGUGCCAUGGCCACCACAUAUGCGGAUGACUCUGGUGGUGGUGUUGGCACAGGUUUGAAAGGUGCCGAUACUACUGCUGCUGGUGAUCGUGGCACAAACGUUCAAGAUGCGACCAAUGCAGCAGCUGCUGCUGGUGGUGGUGGUGGCGGCUGUGGUGGUGGUGGGGACGGCGGCGGUGGCACAGGCAUUACAGGUGCUGAUAACUGUGCUGAUGUGGUUGCUGCUGCUGGAUGUGGUGGCGGUGGUGCUGGUGGUAGUGACAAUGCAAACAUUAAACCUGUGGAUUCGGGAAGCACUGUUGUCAAUGGUUUAGGGUUACACAAUGAUGACUCUGUCAGAGGCCCGACUAGUGGUAAUGUGGACAGUAGAAACUUCACUGGUGGUGGUGGUGGUGACGGGGGCGUUCGAGACGUGAAUGGUCGUGGCAGUGGUAUCAGAGGCGCGGAGUUUUCUGGCCAAGGUAUCAGAGACAGGUGGGGAGACAUCAGUUCUGCCGUUCAGGGCGUCACAGCCGUCAACUCUGUCAAUGAGGGCGGUAGGGGUGCCUUUGAGUCGACUCAAAUUCAGGGCGUCACAGCCGUCAACUCUGUCAAUGAGGGCGGUAGGGGUGCCGAUUCUGCCAUCCAGGAGGGUAGAGGCGCGGAUUCUCGGGACUGGACAGGUGGGGAUAGGCUGGGUGAACUGAAUGCUCUUGCGGCGCAUGAGAAGGCAGAUGUGAAGGCUUGGACAGGUGCGGGUAAGAGGGCUGAUGUGAAGCCUUUUGAGACACCUCAGGAAGCGGAUUCUCUGGCUUGGACUGCAGCAGGUAGGUGGGCGGAGGUGCAAUGGAGUGCUGAAGACGAGAGGUGUCUGCUUGCCGCUACUGAAGAGUUGGAUGGAGAUUUUGAGGGCGAAUUGAGUGGUUUAGGAGAGGGUUUGGGAGAGGGUUUUGAUGGGGAUUUGGAAGGGUGUUUGGGUCAAGAUUUAGGGGAUUUCGGGUUUGGGGAGGCGGAUUUUCUUGACUUGCCUUGGGCAGAUGUGGUUGUUCCGGGUGUGGCUGUGGCGAAUGGUGCCGCUGCUACAAGUGUGACUGAAUUGCCAGGUACUGCUGCUUCUCAUGAUGUGACUAUGGCACAGGAGGCUGUCACAGGUGUGACCGUAUUAAAUGUGACUGGAAUGCAGGUUUCUGCUUCUCAUGAUGUGAUUGUGGCACAGGGGGCUGUCAUGGCUGCAGCUGCUGUGAAUGUGACUCUAGCAGGUGUGGCUGUAGCACAGGGGGCAGAUACAGAUGUGACUGCUGUGAAUGUGACUGUAGCAGGUGUGGACGGGGCACAGGGGGUUGCUAAUGGUGCUGUGGCUGUGACUGUAACGGGUGUAACUUCAGAGGACCUUAGUUCAAGGGCAGGGGCAGGAGCAGCAGGGGCAGAAACAGCAGGUGGGGAAGCAGCGGGGGCAGAAGCAGCAGGGGGAGAAGCAGGAGGGGAAGAAGCAGCAGGGGCACACUCCUCACCUGCUCAGGUGCCGUUUCAGGUGGAUGUGGGUGGUCAAGUGGAUAGUCAGGUGGGUGCGCAAUCAUUACGGGCUGCUUUGGGAAACAAACCUGAUGCUUAUGUUGUGCGCUCAGCUGUUUCUUCUGUUGUCGCUUCUGCUGCACCACUGGCACCUUUUGUCUCUUCUGUUCCACAGGUACCAGUUAAUUCUUCCAUGUUUGCAGCGUCACCUUUUGCUCCUGCCGAGUUCGCCCUAAAUAAUGACCCACACACAGUUGCCACCUCCCCCCAAACAGUUGUCACCCUCUCCCACGCAGUUGCCACCUCCCUGCAUACAGUUGCCACCUCCCCCCAUACAGUUACCACCUCCCUCCACACAGUCACCACCUCCCCCCACACAGUUGCCACCUCCCCUCUCACAGUUACCACCUCCCCUCCCCCUAACAUGGUUUCCUCCCCCAGUGCUGUAACUCUCCCCCUCUCUUCCCCCGACCCCCUCUCCCCCCAAGUCCCCCCUUCCCCCGCUCCCCCCACCCGAGUGCCCCCGCACUCUAGCCCCCCUUGGGCGCUUGUUGAGACAGCAGGGGCGCAGGGGGGCGGAGAUGGGGCGCAGGGGGAUAAAGAUGCUGGGGAAGCGGGUGGGGAUGCAGGGGGAAUUGGUGGACAUGCAGGGGAGAACGGGGAAGAGUUUGGGAAAGAAACCGGGGGGUUGGAGGGAGAGGAAGCAGAGGAGGGCGGGGAGAAGCGGGAAGUGCGUCAGGGGGAGGAUGAGGAGAGGGACGGGAAGGAGGAGAAGGAAGAGGAGGAGGAAAUGAGAGGGGAGGAGCAAGACGAAGGGGAAGAGCAGAAGGGAGUGCAUGGAGGAGAGGAGGAGGCGAGGAAGAGAGAGAGGGAAGAGGAGCAAGAGGAGGGGGGGAGGGACGAGGGGCAAAAGGAGGAAAGGAGAGUUAUGGAGUUGACUGUACUAGGGGAGAGUAAGAGGGAGAAAGGGGCAGGAAGUGGGGAACGAGAGGGUGGUGUAAGAAGAGAGGGCGAGGAGGAAGAAGUGGAGGAGGAGGAAGUGGAUGGAGAGGUGGAGAUAAUGUGUAUGGACGAGGAUAAGGUGGAAGAGGUGGAAGAGGAGAAAGAGAAGGAGGAAAAAGAGGAAAAAGAGGAGGUUGAAGAGGAGGGACUAAAUGUGGAGAUGGAGGAGUUGGAGAAGAAGGAAGAGGAGAAGGAAGAGGGGGUGGAGGAGGAAGAGGAGAAAACGCAGGAAGAGGAAGAGGUUACUGACUUCGCAUCAGCUGAUGACAUGGCUAUUGCUGAGAAUCGUGGUGAUGACGUGGAGGCUCUAAACAGUGAGGAUGAUGACGUGGUGGAAGUACCUAUGGAUCAGGAACAGGAGCAGCUGACGUGGCAUCUUCGUGGGAAUGUCAAUCUAGGUGUUGCCACUAGUAGUAGUCAUGCUGCUGCUGCGAGGAACGAAAUCACUGCUGGUGAAGCAGGAGAGGGAGAAGCAGUAGAAAGGGUGGCCGCAGAACGAGAGGCAGCAGAAAGAGAGGCAGCAGAGAGAGAGGCAGCAGAAAGGGAGACAGCAGAGAGAGAGGCAGCAGAAAGGGAGACAGCAGAGAGAGAGGCAGCAGAAAGGGAGGCAGCAGACAGUGAGGCAGCAGAGAGAGAAGCAGCAGAGAGAGAGGCAGCAGAGAGGGAGGCUGCAGAGAGGGAGGCAGCAGAGAGGGAGGCAGUAGAGAGAGAGGCAGCAGAAAGAGAUGCAGCAAAAGAGAUGCAGCAGAGCGAGAGGCAGCAGGGAGAGAGGCAGCAAACAGAGAGGCAGCAGAGAGGGAGGCAGCAGACAGUGAGGCUGAAAAGAGAGCGGCAGCAGAGGAACGAGCAGGAGAAGAAGCAGAGACAGCAGAGGGGGCAGAGGCAGGAGAGGGGGCAGAGGGGGCAGGGAGGGCAGAGGGAGCAGAGGAGGCAGAGGUUGCAAAGGGGGCAGAACGGGGAGAGGGGACAGAGGCAGCAGAGGAGGCAGAGUCAACAGAAGAAGCAGCGAUGCUCAGCAGCUGAGGUGACUUUUGAGUCGACUCAAAAGCCAACUCAUGAGUCGACUCAAAAGCCAACUCAUGAGUCGACUCAAAAGCCAACUCAUGAGUCAACUCAAAAGCCAUCCCACAAGGCACCUGGGACCUUUGACCAAAGAUGCUCAGCAGCUGAGCCUACUCAACAGCAGGAAUGCACAGCUUUUGUUGAUCCGACUCAACAGCAGGUUUCAGAAUCCCAGUCUUACAAGCCGCCUGUGCUGCAAGUGCAGGCUGUAGAGUCGCACAAGCCACCUAUGACCUCUGGGCGCCAGCAGGAAUGCACGUCUUUUGUUGAGCCGACUCAACAGCAGGUUCCGGAAUCUCAGUCUCACAAGCCACCUGUCACCUUUCAGCUACACCAGGAAUUCGCAAGUGUGGCAGCUGCUGCAGUCGCUUUUGAUCCAAGUUACGGUGUUACCAACCAGAUGUAUCACCUGCAAUCCGUGGCUCUGGGUAAGGGUAAAGAGGUGAGGCCCGCUAAUGUGACACUCCCUGAGUCAGAUGUUACCAUUCGGAUGCAUCAUCUGCAAUCCGUGGCACUGGAUAAGGGCAGUAAGUUGAAGCUGACUGCUGGUAUGGCACUCUUUGGGGCAGAUGUUGCCAGCAGAGCAGCCGACGUGGCCAGCAGAGCAGCUGACAUGGCGAGCAAAGCAGCUGACGUGGCGAGCAAUGCAGCUGACGUGGCUGCACCUGAGGCUGACGGGGUUGAGAGGGCAGUUGAUGUGGCAGAAGUGGAUGUUGCAGCAGGAGAGGCAGCAGAGGAAGAAAGUUUGUCUCCGUCUCUCUCCUCCUUCCCAUCCCCCUUCGCAUGCUUCUCACUCUCUCCCCUCUCUUCUCACUCUCUCCCCUCUCUUCUCACUCUCUCCCCUCUCUUCUCACUCUCUCCCCUCUCUUCUCACUCUCUCCCCUCUCUUCUCACUCUCUCCCCUCUCUUCUCACUCUCUCCCCUCUCUUCUCACUCUCUCCCCUCUCUUCUCACUCUCUCCCCUCUCUUCUCACUCUCUCCCCUCUCUUCUCACUCUCUCCCCUCUCUUCUCACUCUCUCCCCUCUCUUCUCACUCUCUCCCCUCUCUUCUCACUCUCUCCCCUCUCUUCUCACUCUCUCCCCUCUCUUCUCACUCUCUCCCCUCUCUUCUCACUCUCUCCCCUCUCUUCUCACUCUCUCCCCUCUCUUCUCACUCUCUCCCCUCUCUUCUCACUCUCUCCCUCUCUUCUCACUCUCUCCCCUCUCUUCUCACUCUCUCCCCUCUCUUCUCACUCUCUCCCCUCUCUUCUCACUCUCUCCCCUCUCUUCUCACUCUCUCCCCUCUCUUCUCACUCUCUCCCCUCUCUUCUCACUCUCUCCCCUCUCUUCUCACUCUCUCCCCUCUCUUCUCACUCUCUCCCCUCUCUUCUCACUCUCUCCCCUCUCUUCUCACUCUCUCCCCUCUCUUCUCACUCUCUCCCCUCUCUUCUCACUCUCUCCCCUCUCUUCUCACUCUCUCCCCUCUCUUCUCACUCUCUCCCCUCUCUUCUCACUCUCUCCCCUCUCUUCUCACUCUCUCCCCUCUCUUCUCACUCUCUCCCUCUCUUCUCACUCUCUCCCCUCUCUUCUCACUCUCUCCCCUCUCUUCUCACUCUCUUCCCCUCUCUUCUCACUCUCUCCCCUCUCUUCUCACUCUCUCCCCUCUCUUCUCACUCUCUCCCCUCUCUUCUCACUCUCUCCCUCUCUUCUCACUCUCUCCCCUCUCUUCUCACUCUCUCCCCUCUCUUCUCCCCUCUCUUCUCACUCUCUCCCCUCUCUUCUCACUCUCUCCCCUCUCUUCUCACUCUCUCCCCUCUCUUCUCACUCUCUCCCCUCUCUUCUCACUCUCUCCCCUCUCUUCUCACUCUCUCCCCUCUCUUCUCACUCUCUCCCCUCUCUUCUCACUCUCUCCCCUCUCUUCUCACUCUCUCCCCUCUCUUCUCACUCUCUCCCCUCUCUUCUCACUCUCUCCCCUCUCUUCUCACUCUCUCCCCUCUCUUCUCACUCUCUCCCCUCUCUUCUCACUCUCUCCCCUCUCUUCUCACUCUCUCCCCUCUCUUCUCACUCUCUCCCCUCUCUUCUCACUCUCUCCCCUCUCUUCUCACUCUCUCCCCUCUCUUCUCACUCUCUCCCCUCUCUUCUCACUCUCUCCCCUCUCUUCUCACUCUCUCCCCUCUCUUCUCACUCUCUCCCCUCUCUUCUCACUCUCUCCCCUCUCUUCUCACUCUCUCCCCUCUCUUCUCACUCUCUCCCCUCUCUUCUCACUCUCUCCCCUCUCUUCUCACUCUCUCCCCUCUCUUCUCACUCUCUCCCCUCUCUUCUCACUCUCUCCCCUCUCUUCUCACUCUCUCCCCUCUCUUCUCACUCUCUCCCCUCUCUUCUCACUCUCUCCCCUCUCUUCUCACUCUCUCCCCUCUCUUCUCACUCUCUCCCCUCUCUUCUCACUCUCUCCCCUCUCUUCUCACUCUCUCCCCUCUCUUCUCACUCUCUCCCCUCUCUUCUCACUCUCUCCCCUCUCUUCUCACUCUCUCCCCUCUCUUCUCACUCUCUCCCCUCUCUUCUCACUCUCUCCCCUCUCUUCUCACUCUCUCCCCUCUCUUCUCACUCUCUCCCCUCUCUUCUCACUCUCUCCCCUCUCUUCUCACUCUCUCCCCUCUCUUCUCACUCUCUCCCCUCUCUUCUCACUCUCUCCCCUCUCUUCUCACUCUCUCCCCUGCCCUCCUUUGCCUUCCCCUUCCUUCCCUUCUCCUAG